AUGGCUGCGAGUGGUUAUUCACCGAGACGGCCGUGAGCAAGGAAGGCAGAGCACUGUGAAGCUUUGCCCACGUCGCGUCAGAGAUGGCGCUUCAGCCGCGGUUCUGGAAAUGUCUGUCAGUUUGCAGGAACCUGGAGUGUGGGUUCGCAGCCCUCUCCACCAGUUCCACCCCGGCGGUGCAGCCAGACGUGGAGACUAAGGAAAACGAAGCGGUGGCUCCAGAGUUCACCAACAGAAACCCUCGGAAUCUGGAGCUCUUAGGUGUAGCCCGGAAAGAACGGGGCUGGGCUACAGUGUGGCCCAGCCGUGAGUUCUGGCACAGGUUGCGAGUUGUAAAGACUCAGCAUCAUGUAGAAGCAUUUGUUGAGCAUCUUAACGGCCAGGUUGUGGUUUCAGCAACCACUCGUGAGUGGGCUAUUAAGAAACACCUUUAUAGUACCAGAAAUGUGGUGGCUUGUGAGAGCGUGGGGAGAGUGCUGGCACAGCGGUGCUUAGAAGCAGGAAUCAACUUCAUGGUCUACCAGCCCACACCGUGGGAGGCGUCCUCGGACUCGGUCUAUGAUUCCAGCUGUCAAGAGGUUGACUUGGAAGAAUCUCAAGUUCAAGGCUUGCCUGAGUAACUUUAUAAAACGUUUACAAAAUGCCAUGACAGAAAGUGGUGUGAUGCUUCGGGAGCCUCGGAGAAUCUAUGAAUGAAAUAGAAGCAUUAAUUGUUGUUGGAAGUAUAAAUGUAAAACUACCAUCUACAGCCACCAAAAGAAAGCAUCUUCAUUAAAAAAAGAAAGAAAGAGAGAAAGGAAGGAAGGAAGGAAGGAGAAAGAAGCAUUUGGAAGGAGAACCAGACUGAAAGCUUCAUAGCAAUAAUGCAAUAGUGAAAACUUAAAGUUAGCUUCUUUCCACUUGUAUGUAUGCUUGUGUGGUUUCAUGCUUUGAACAUGGGCUUAAUUUGUCUCCAUUCUUGGACGUGAGAUGUAUUUAAGGAAAGUAGUCACUAUUUGGAAAACGAAUUAAAGCAUUUAUAACAAACUGAA